AUGCUCUCCUACCUCAGCAAGCUGCUGCCGCGGCUAGAGCACGCGCCAGGCAUCGCAGCCGCGGCGGGGACAGCCGGCGCCGCGACUUUCGUUGCGUCGCAGCUGCCGUCGCAGCUGCACAUCUCGGCGAUCCCAGUCUCUAUCGUGCUCGGCGCUGCAGCCGGCAACGCGGCGCCGUCGGCGGUGACUGCGGCGAUUAAGCCGGGCCUGUCCUACGCCACGUCCAACAUCCUGCGCACCGGCAUCGUCUGCGUCGGAGCCAAGCUCUCCGCGGCCCAGAUCCUCGCUCUCGGCUGGACGACUGUGCCCGCAGCGGCGUGCUCAGUCGGCGCCGGAGUGACUAUAAUCCCGAUGCUCGCGGCGCGCUUCGGCCUGGCGCCGCGCCUCGGCGCUCUCCUCGCGUGCGGCACCUCGAUCUGCGGCGUCACCGCCAUCUCCGCCGUCGCACCCGCCAUCGCCGCCACGCAAGCCGAGGUCGCCAUCGCCGUCGCCAACGUCGUCGCCUUCGGCAGCGUCGGCAUGCUAGUCUACCCGCACGUCGCCGCCGCCCUCUUCCCGCCCUCCGACUCACGCGCGAUCGGGCUGUUUCUCGGCCUCGCCGUCCACGACACGGCGCAGGUUGUCGGCGCGGCGGCUGUGGCGAAGCUGACGCGAAACGUCUUCCUCGCCGCCGUCGUGCCGCUGAUGGCGGUCCGGCAUGCAGCAGGCGCCACGGGCGGCGGCGUGACCGCAAAGACAUUCGCCGCGGCGGUGCCCGCGUUCGUCGGCGGGUUCCUGGCCAUGGCGGCAGUCCGGACGCUUGGCGACGCGCAGCUGGCUGCAGUCCGGACGCUCGGCGACGCGCAGCUGGCUGCAGUCCGGACGCUUGGCGACGCGCAGCUGGCGAACGGUGGCAGCGCGCUCUUCGCGUUCGACAGUGCGCAGUGGAAGGGCGGGGCCGAUUGGCUGGGUGCUGAACAAAGGUCCUCCUCUCCACCGGACUCGCGGCCGUCGGGCUUUCCGUCAACUUCGCCGCUUUCCCACGGCGCCGGUCUCGCGCCCUUUGCCGUCGGGGCGGCGGGAGCGUCGGUCGUCGGCGGCGUCGGCCUGAGUGUGGCGCUUCUUAUGGCGAGCUUGGCGCCGGCGGUGCCGGCGUGA